GGGAUCAGACAGGAAUCUAAUUUAUUGCUUGCUGAGUGUUCUGUCUGGUGAAAGUCAUGUCAUCCAUAUUGCCAUUCACUCCACCAGUUGUGAAGAGACUUCUGGGGUGGAAAAAAUCUGCUGGUGGCUCUGGAGGGGCUGCUGGUAGUGAGCAGAAUGGUCAGGAUGAAAAGUGGUGUGAAAAAGCAGUGAAAAGCUUGGUCAAGAAGCUAAAGAAAACAGGACAGCUGGAUGAACUUGAGAAGGCAAUUACCACUCAGAAUUGCAGUACAAAAUGUGUGACCAUACCAAGCACUUGCUCUGAAAUUUGGGGACUGAGUACACCAAACACGAUAGAUCAGUGGGAUACAACAGGCCUUUACAGCUUCUCUGAACAAACCAGAUCUCUCGAUGGCCGUCUACAGGUAUCUCAUCGUAAAGGAUUACCACAUGUUAUUUACUGUCGUUUGUGGCGCUGGCCAGAUCUUCACAGUCACCAUGAACUUAAAGCAAUUGAAAACUGUGAAUAUGCUUUUAAUCUUAAAAAGGAUGAAGUGUGUGUAAACCCUUACCACUACCAGAGAGUGGAGACACCAGUCUUGCCUCCUGUACUAGUGCCACGGCACACUGAGAUUCUAACAGAACUGCCGCCUCUUGAUGACUAUACCCAUUCCAUUCCUGAAAACACUAACUUUCCAGCUGGAAUUGAACCACAGAGCAAUUACAUACCAGAAACACCACCUCCAGGAUAUAUCAGUGAAGAUGGAGAAACGAAUGACCAGCAGUUGAACCAAAGCAUGGAUACAGGAUCUCCAGCAGAGCUGUCUCCUAGUACUCUUUCUCCAGUUAAUCAUAGCCUGGACUUGCAACCAGUUACUUACUCGGAACCUGCAUUUUGGUGUUCAAUAGCAUAUUAUGAAUUGAAUCAAAGAGUGGGAGAAACCUUCCAUGCAUCCCAGCCUUCCCUGACUGUAGAUGGCUUUACAGAUCCUUCAAAUUCAGAACGAUUUUGUCUAGGUUUGCUUUCCAACGUAAACAGAAAUGCUACAGUGGAAAUGACAAGGCGACAUAUAGGAAGGGGAGUACGUCUCUAUUACAUUGGUGGAGAAGUUUUUGCUGAGUGCUUAAGCGAUAGCGCGAUUUUUGUUCAGAGCCCCAACUGUAAUCAAAGAUACGGCUGGCAUCCUGCAACUGUGUGCAAAAUUCCACCAGGAUGCAAUCUAAAAAUCUUUAAUAACCAAGAAUUUGCUGCUCUUCUGGCUCAAUCUGUGAAUCAGGGUUUUGAAGCAGUUUAUCAGCUUACUAGAAUGUGUACCAUAAGAAUGAGUUUUGUUAAAGGAUGGGGAGCUGAAUACAGGCGGCAAACAGUAACAAGCACUCCUUGCUGGAUUGAACUUCAUCUGAAUGGACCUCUACAAUGGUUGGACAAAGUAUUAACUCAGAUGGGCUCCCCUUCAGUACGCUGCUCCAGCAUGUCGUAAAAGUCCUUCCUCUGUUACCAGUGGGCUAAACAUCGAGUCCAAUCAACAGACUUAAUAUAACAGUUCAUCUGUCAUAGUACUUGUGUGUGGUCCCCAUGAACUGUUCACCAUCCAAAAAUGUUUUGUAAAAAGAAAAAAAAAGAAAAACAG